UGUACCAGAUAACGUGCUCAACAGGAAGUCUUGUUCUUCGUUUCACAAUUCAGGAGCUAGGACAUGGCCAUUUGUAGCUAUAAAUAGUGUAGCAUUAUGGUCUGUCUCAAAAUACAGCAACACACAAAAACACUCGAGGGCAUGAAAAUGAGGUUUCUUUGUGUUGUGGUAACAGCCCUAGUGGUACUUGGAGGGUUACCCUUUUCCUCAGAUGCACAACUAGACCCCUUCUUCUACCAGCGGACUUGUCCACCUGUGCGUCAUGUUGUGUUCCGAGUGGUAGAGAGAGCUUCACAAAAGGAUCCUCGUCUGCCUGCCAGUAUCGUCAGGCUUUUCUUUCACGACUGUUUUGUUCAAGGUUGUGAUGCAUCGAUUUUGUUGAACAACACUGCAACGAUAGUGAGUGAGCAACAAGCCCUGCCAAACAACAACUCCAUAAGAGGUUUGGAUGUGGUGAAUGACAUCAAGACAGCAGUGGAGAAUGUUUGUCCCGGCGUUGUUUCUUGUGCAGAUAUUCUUACCAUUGCAACUGAAGUUUCUUCUAUUCUGGCUGGUGGUCCUUUCAUCAAAUUUCCAUUGGGAAGAAGGGAUAGUUUAACAGCAAACAGAACACUUGCGAAUCAAAACCUUCCUUCUCCUUUCUCCACACUCGAUCAACUCAAAGCAGCAUUUGCUGUUCAACGUCUUGACACUGUUGAUCUAGUUGCACUCUCAGGUGCUCAUACAUUUGGCAGAGCUCACUGCUUUUUCAUUCUUAGCCGAUUGUACAACUUCAGUGGCACUGGCAGACCCGAUCCAACUCUGGACCCUGCUUACGCACAACAAUUGCGCAAUAUAUGCCCUCAAGGUGGACCAAACAACUUGGUAAAUUUUGACCCAACCACUCCUGAUAGACUCGACAAAAACUAUUACUCCAACCUUCAGGUUAAGAGGGGUUUGCUUCAGAGUGACCAAGAGUUGUUCUCCACACCCGGUGCUGACACCAUCGCCCUUGUGAACAGGUUCAGUGCUGACCAAAACGCUUUCUUUAGCAGCUUUGCCAAAUCAAUGAUAAAAAUGGGAAAUAUCGGUGUUCUCACCGGGAACAGAGGAGAAAUCAGAAAACAAUGUAAUUUUAUUAACAGAAGAUCCGUUGAAGUUGAUAUGGGAACUGUGGCCUCCGAAUCAGAGGAGGGUAUGGUUAGCUCUAUAUACCCAAAGCAUUUGGGGAAGCUCACAAGAACAUCACAUUCACAGCUCAAAACACAAGAAACAAUGAGUUCUUUCAGUGUUUUCACAGUGAAAGUAGCACUUUUCUGUGUGGUGGUUUUGCUUGCAGCAUCACAACCCUUCUCAAAUGCACAGCUUGAUAACUCUUUUUACAGGGACACAUGUCCAAGGGUGCAUUCUAUUGUUCGUGAAGUUCUCAGAAAUGUCUCAAAAUCUGAUCCUCGUAUUCUCGCCAGUCUCAUAAGACUUCACUUCCAUGAUUGCUUUGUUCAGGGUUGUGAUGCAUCAGUUCUUUUGAACAGCACUGAUACGAUCGUGAGUGAGCAAACUGCAGCGCCAAAUAACAACAGCUUAAGAGGUUUGGAUGUUGUGAAUCAGAUCAAGACAGCAGUAGAAAAUGCUUGCCCUGGCAUUGUUUCUUGUGCUGAUAUUCUUGCUCUUGCAGCUGAGAUAUCUUCUGUUCUGGCUCAUGGUCCCGAUUGGAAAGUUCCUCUGGGAAGAAGAGACAGUUUAAACGCAAGUUUUGAUCUUGCUAAUCAAAAUCUUCCUGGUCCUAAUUUCUCCCUCGACCAACUGAAAUCUGCAUUCGAAAGACAAAACCUCAACACAACCGAUCUAGUUGCACUUUCAGGUGCUCAUACAAUUGGCAGAGCUCAAUGCAGAUUUUUUGUGAAUCGAUUAUACGAUUUCAACAGCACUGGAAACCCUGACCCAACUCUUAACACAACCUUGUUACAAGCACUUCGAGCAAUUUGCCCCAACGGUGGAUCUGGAACCAAUCUCACCAACCUGGACCUAAGCACACCUGAUAGACUUGACUCUAACUACUACUCCAAUCUUCAACUUCAAAAUGGCUUACUUCGAAGUGAUCAAGAGUUGUUUUCCACCACUGGUGCAGAUACCAUUCCCAUUGUCAACAGCUUCAGCAGUAACCAAACUCUUUUCUACGAAAAUUUUAAGGCUUCGAUGAUAAAAAUGAGCAUCAUACAAGUUCUCACAGGAACACAGGGAGAGAUUCGAGCACACUGUAACUUUGUCAAUGGAAAUUCAGCUACUUUCACUACUCUACCUACCCAACAAUCUUCAGAAGAUGGUGUUGUGAGCUCAAUCUAAAAAUAUGAACCAAGAAUGUUGUAGUAAAUGCGAUGCAGUUGUCAUUAAUAAAAGGUUUUACAGGAACAUGCAUGCGUGUGGUAAUGUUGUGUCGUAGCAACCUUUGUAUUUUGUCUGGCCAUGCAUAAUAUCCACUUAUGAGAA